GGUUCACACACCACGAAGAAGAAGAAGAACAAAGCCUGCACAUUUCAAGUGCGUAGCAGCAUCUUUUAAAGUGUGUGAGACCUUUAGGAUAAUCUCAGCAUGGCAGACGUUACACCUACCGAUGAGGAGGCAAAGCAGGAAGAAACUACCGCAUCCGUCCUCUCCGAGACGGAUGAGACAUCGCAGGAAACACCCAACGGCGUGAAAACUGACAGUGAAGAAAGUAAGCAAAGCAAAGAAAAGCAUGAUGGGAAAGAGAAGUCGUCCAGCAGCAAAAGAGAAGGUCGCUAUCAUCCCUACAAGGAGAAACAUGGCGGAGAGAAGAAGAGUGCUCAUAGGAACCGAGUGUUCAUCAGCAAUAUACCUUAUGACAUGAAGUGGCAGGCAAUUAAAGAUCUCAUGCGUGAUAAAGUUGGUGAGGUUACAUACGUGGAGCUCUUUAAGGAUGCUGAAGGAAAGUCAAGGGGUUGUGGUGUGGUAGAGUUCAAAGAUGAAGAGUAUGUUAAGAAGGCUGUGUCGACUAUGAAUAAGCACGACUUAAGUGGAAGACCACUUAACAUCAAAGAGGACCCUGAUGGUGAGCGCGCCUGGCGCGCUCUGCAGCGCAUGGAUGGAGGUCAGCAUGGGGGCCAUGGGCAGGACAUGGGGCCUGGUGGGAUGAGCAUUCCACCUUCAAUCGCCAACAACCCCAACAUACCGCCUGAGGUCAUUCACGCCCUGCAGGCUGGAAGACUGGGGACCACAGUGUUUGUGGCUAAUCUGGACUUCAAAGUGGGCUGGAAGAAGCUGAAGGAGGUGUUCAGCAUGGCAGGUGUGGUGAAACGAGCUGAUGUGAGGGAGGACAAAGAUGGAAAGAGCCGCGGAUUAGGAACAGUGACUUUUAAGCAGCCUCUGGAAGCUGUGCAGGCCAUAUCCAUGUUCAAUGGACAGAUGCUCUUUGAAAGGCAGAUGCAUGUUAAAAUUGAUGAAAAGUCUCUUCCCCCUGAUGAUUUCCAUCCAGUAGAAAAAGCACCACAGUUGCCACGGGGCCUAGCUGGUAUUGGCAUGGGUCUUGGGCCAGGGGGGCAGCCUAUAAAUGCAAACUGCCUUAGUGGUGGAGGAGGAAUGGGCUCUAUGGGACCUGGAGGUAUGGAUUCAGGUUACAGAGGAAUGAGCAGGCUUGGAGGAGGCAUGAGUGGGGGUGGAGGCUAUGGCGGCAUGGAUAGCAUGGGCGGCUUUGGAGGCAGAGACAUGGCACCAAUUGGCAGAAUGGGAGGAAUGGGUGGAUUGGAUCGGGACUUUGACAUGCCCAUGAGCCGAGGAUUUGGGGAUUCUUUUGGAGGAAUGGGUGGUGGUUUUGGUGGAGGCAUGGGACACAUGGGAAGUGGCUUAGGUGGUGGAAUGGGGAGCAUGUCCAUGGACAGAAUGGGCUCCAGCUUUGACCGUGUUGGCAUGUCAGGAAUGGAGAUGAACCGUGGCUUCGGAGGCUACGGAGGCGGCGGACACAUGGGUGGAGGCAUGUCGGACAGGGGCUCAGCGUCCAAAGGCGGCUGUCAGAUAUUUGUGCGAAAUCUGUCGUAUGACCUAACAUGGCAAAAGCUGAAAGACAAGUUCAGUCAUUGUGGUCAGGUAAUGUUCGCAGAAAUCAAAAUGGAGAACGGAAGGUCAAAGGGUUGUGGGACGGUGAGAUUUGAUUGUCCAGAGAGCGCAGAGAAGGCCUGCAGAAUGAUGAAUGGAACCAAGAUUAAUGGCAGAGAGGUGGACGUCCGCAUUGAUCGCAACGCUUAGAGAUUUUCUAGAAGCUCUAGUUAACACGCUUCACACUUUUAGGCCCGCAUCAAUCAUCGUUUGUUUUGUUUUAAAAACACUAUGACUUCAUGUGUCCCAGGUUUCAAUUGUUUUGUUGAUGUAGUACAUGGCUGUUUUACCUUUGUUUUAUAGAUCCACUUAUGAUUUGUCAUGCAGUUUAUUUGAACAAAUAAACUUUUUAAUUUUUAAA